UUUUAACCUAUACAAAAAAAGUUUCAUGUAUAUUUUGAUUUUUAUUGUAAUCUAAAAAUGGGUACUCAAAACCCUUCUGCCGUGUUAGAUGUGAUUUCAGAGCAUAAGGAAAUAACCGCAUUACUGUCAAAGGAUAGUACAAAGGACCUUGACCAUUCCAGUAUAUGCAGUGGAUCCACCUUUGAUAAUGACAAUUCAUUAGUACAUUCGCCGAGCAUAGAAAGCUUCUCGAGCAUACAAGACAUUGAAAAUUUGGCUGAAUUAAAUAUGGACGAGGACUCAGAUUUGACUGUUAAAAUUGAUAACCCGGAGAAGCAUUUGGAUACCAUGGAAACCUAUAUCACAUUUAGGGUUACCACUAGGUCAGCUAGAAUUGAAUUUUCUGAUCAUGAGUAUGUUGUGAGGAGGAGAUAUAAGGACUUUUUAUGGUUAAGACAUAGGCUUAUUGAAUGCCAUCCAUUUUGUAUAGUGCCGCCCUUGCCAGCUAAACACUCCUUAAUAGGACAGCUAGAUAGAUAUUCCAAAGAUUUUAUAAUAACAAGAAUGAAGUCUCUGAAUGUAUUUGUAAGCAGAAUAUGUCACCACCCAAUCUUGAGUUGCAAUGAGAAUUUUAAAGUGUUCUUAACUGCAUCACCUUCAAAUUUUGCAACAUACCGAAAGAAGAAAGCUUCAGUCACAAGUAGUAAUGGCAGCAUAACAACCUUAAGCUCUACACAUUCAACCCUCAAAAGUCGCCAUAUAGAAUUUGACAAGAUGAAAAGUUACCUCUCAACCUUGGCAGAAAAAUUAAACUCUAUAGAAAAAAUUUCAAGCCGUAUUAACAAAGAACGCAGUGAUCUCAUAGCAGAAAUAUCCAAUUUUCAUCCAAUAUUUACAAAAUGGGCCAGUUUUGAGCCUCAGUUAUGCACAACUCUUGAAAAUAUUGCUCAUGCUUUGGAGAGGAGUUCAAAUGCUCAAAGUGCAUUAGUACUUUGCUAUAGUAACAGCAUGAGCAUACCUAUUAGGGAAUUUCUACAGUAUAUUGAGGUGGUCCAAGAAGCAUUAAAAAAGAGAGAGUUGUCUCAGUACAAUUAUGAAAUGUGUUUAGAUGAGCUUAAUAGAAGACACACUGAAAAAGACAGGCUUCUAGCUAUUUCACAAGACUCCAACCAUCAUCCACCCACAGGAGGUUUCACAUUAUGGAGACAACCAACUUGUGAUGAUAAAUUGGAAAAACUUGGAGCACACAUUCCUCAAUUACUUAAAAAGGUUGAAACAGCCCAAGAUAACCUUGAAAUGGCCAGUGAGAGCUUAAGAAGUGAUUUGGAGGGGUGGCAGCUUGAAAAGAAACAGUGCAUUAAGAAGAUACUUUUAGAUUUUGUUAAUAAGCAAAUAAAUUAUUAUCAAGCUAAUGUGAACGCGUGGGAACAUGUCACUAAUGAAAUGAUUAGUAGUAGAAAAGUUAAUCCAAGCACCAAAUGAUAUAGAAAGAAUUUAUUAUUUAUUUAUAAGUUUUAAGUUUUGUUCAUGCAUUCCAUUUAGUUGAAUAAUACCGUUUUUGACACCAAUUUGGGAACUCAAAAAUCGGUUGUAAUUGAUAGAACAUUUAGUCAUAUUUAUUUGAAGUUCACCAGUGAUGUAUUGUGUUCAUAUCGUUUUUGUGACUUAACAUUCCAUAUUUAUACUGCCAUAUCCAUACGUCAUUAUUGGUAUUUUAUAGUUUAAACUUGUUGAUAUUUUAUUAUGAUAUACAGCUAACGCAAAUACCAAAAAUUAAUACAAUCACGCCUAGGCUAAAAUAUUAUUUAAAAAAUAUUAGUUCAAAAGGAUAUUUAUAAUAUGUAUACUCGAAUAACAAGAAAUAUUUCUUCUAAAAGUAUUUUUAAUGCACUAUUAAUAAGGUUUAAUAUUGAAUGUAAGCAGGCUAGCAAUUAUAAUAAUGUA